AUGUUCCAUAACGAGUCCGAAGCUUUGGGUUAUAUUGCAUGGUGGGGUUUAAGUCCCGCUAUAAAUUUACUGAAUAAUGACUUUUGUAAAGACAGCACAAUUAACAUUUAUUGCUUUGGUAUGGGCGAUACACGGCACAUUAUAAAAACCAUUUCUCAAUCCAUGGAUUGUAAGCAAAGAUACAAAUUUAACGUGUUUGAAAGGAGUAUUGAGUUAGUUGCACGACAUAUUUUGCAAUUGUAUAUUGUUGGUAUUCCAAAUGAGAAAAUGGGGCUUCAAGAAAAGACUGAGCGAUUUCUUGAAUUAUACGGGAACACCCUUAUCCGCGAAACCACCGAAACUUGGUUGAAUGACAUUGCAACUUAUCUUAUUAAUAUAGUCACUGAUACUGGCAUCUUUGAUCAAUUUCUUCCUUACAUAUCAGUAAAUAAGUUGAAAUCAAAGGAUCGUGAUCAUUUGGAGUGCGUACUUAAGUCAUGGCGCCGAAAAAAUCUCCCAAAAUUCGAUAUUUCCACGUAUUGGAAUUCAAGAGUUCGACAACAUCUUGGUGUACGCUAUGAUGCCAUUCCGAACGUCUUUGAUUGGGAUUGUUCCAUUGUUCUCCGUGAUCGAGGUAUUAAAACAAUCGACAGUCGUGAAUACAGCCGAUGGCGCAGCACGGGUGUUGCCUUUACCCCACGCCAAGCUAGUUACCUUUCUCCGAAUCGGAGCUUGGCCUCACCUCGCUACUUCUCGCACAGUCAAUGUACUGGUGAUCUGGGUGGAUCGACGCUGAUUGGCUACUGGGGUGAUAUUGUCUGUUCGCCAUUUCUGGCCUUUGGUACUUUCACAGAUCGCAGACCGGAGUUAGCAAGAACCCUCCCAGGUGGAAGAAUAAUCUAUGGGGCCUCGGUGCUAUCUGAACUGAAUUUAAGGUGUUUUCUGUGGGAGAUAGCACAUGGUCGAAAAGCUCCACCUACUAUUGCUUCGACAGAAUUUGGAUUGGAAGAGAAAGAUGAGAAAAUGGAUGGGAGCAAUGAAGGUGGCUCUAGCAGUGGGAAAGUGGCAGAUAAGGAGGUAGGCGAGGAGUCGGAACCCAAAAAGAACAAUGAAAAUCCCUCGGCUGAGCGACCCGAGGGAAAAAUGGAAAAUGUACCGGGGAGCGGAGACAUAUCGGACGAAAAAUCAUAUAAGACUGUUGAUAGUAAACGGGAGUGCACGCCAGAUAUUUCAGGUGAGGCUCUUGAUUCAAAGGAGAAGAAUAAAGACGCAUUGGCCAAAACAGACGUCAAUUUAUGUGAACGAUUUGAAGUUGACUUCUACCCUCCGGGAACCACCUUUGUGGAUCUAAGCACACGUCUUCGUUCCCGAUUUGUGGAGGAGCAGGAUAAGGCCUCCAUCGUUUACGUCGGCUGCUCAUCACUUAGUCUGCUCAACAAGGCCUCCAAGGAUCUGCUAGAUGUUUGUACCGACGAUUGCCGACUUAUCAUUGAGUCUAUCCUCUACAUCAUCGGAAUGAAGGAGGGCGACAUACGGGGCUACGUGAAAAGGGCUGAGGAGACCGCCAACUCGUUAGGAUUUAAGUUGGAAACACCCGUCGAUCCGAUGCGAGACCAUCACUUGUACUUUGUUCGAGGCAGUGGGAAGAUAUGUGAAUAG